AUGGGCUGGAAGUAUCCUGUUGAGGAAGCUGUAAAGUUCUAUGGACCCGAUCGGAUGCAGCAGCUCAUCAACGAAGGCAACGAAGCGAAUUUGAUCUGUGAUCGCGGCGCAACGCGGUUGAGACGAACGAUAUUCGAGAGCCCCUUGCACGCGGCUCUUAGCCUACCUAAGCGGAAUGUCGAGACGAUUAAAAAGCCUUUCGACCGCGGCGCUGAUGUGCAUCUACCACAAGCGGACGGCCGAACGCCACUGCAUCUAGCAACACGUCUUAACGAUGGUGUGAUUGAACUGCUGUGCAGCCGUGGUGCGAAUGUCAACGCGCAAGCCGACGACAGUUGCACCCCUACCCACGAUGUUUUACGACUGCUCUUUGGGGAUGAUGAUCAUACCCAAAACAUUCUGGAUACUUCAGACAAUUUCCGGCCUUUUCUCUAUGUCAGGAACGCCUUUGGUGAUAUCGUAAUGGACUUGUUGCAGGCUCGAGGUGACGAUUAUUUUCUGGAGGCCCCAGGCAAGAAAGAUAGAUUCCCCUCCCAAGCUUCGGACACAUUGGACGCGUGGGCAGCUCUCGAAAUUACCUUCAAUCAUCGAUCAACUCGUGAUUUAAGCCUUCGGAUCCUUGAUCUAGCGAGUUAUUGGCUAUGCGAGUACACUUCUCGAAAGAACAUGAUUGCUGUCAAUGAACACAAACGCUAUCCUGAGAACGUGUAUUUACGAGCGCCACCCCUACAUAAAUAG